AUGGUCGCACUCUCCUUCGCCGCCUCGUUCGGCUCGCACAUGGUCCUUCAGCAGGCGCCAGCGCGUGCAUCGCUGUGGGGCUUCGCGCCGGCGAGCGCCACUGCCGUGGCAAUCGAGCUUGCCGCCGACGCUGCAUCGACACCCAUCGCCGUCAACAACUUCACCGCUCAAGCUUCGCUGGCGCGCUUCAACGCGACCGCCCUGGUUUGGUCCGUCCUACUGCCAGCCGUGGCAGCGCAGAAGCGGCCCGACGGCUCCGCGGUGCAGUACAGCGUCACGGCGAGGAUGGGUUCGGAAGCUCACGCCACACUCCUCGACGUCCUCUUUGGCGAGGUCUGGCUCUGCUCUGGCCAGUCCAACAUGGCCUUCCUCGUCGAGAACUCGUUUGGCGGCGCAGACCUGGUGCAAGACGCAAAUAACCACCCCGAGAUCCGGCUCUUCACCACGCGCAAACUCACGGCGCAGAGGCCGCUGCAGGAGCUCGGCGAGAGCACCAACAGGGGCGACUGGGUGGACGGAGUCGAGCUGCCGUGGUCGGUGGCGAGCAACGUCUCCAUCUCGAUGAACGCCCCCCGCGCCGGCGGAGCGAAUGACGACAACUGGCUGUACAUGUCCGCGGUCUGCUACCUGUUUGGCAGGGCGCUGCAGGCGGCCAGGAAGACCCCGAUCGGCCUCAUCAGCACGAACUGGGGCGGGACGGCAAUACAAGACUGGAUGCCGCCCGCCGCCCUGGACGACUGCAGGCACGAGCCGCUGCCGGGGCAGUUGUGCUGCUGCCCCCCGCCUGGCUGCGCGAUCCCGCCGUCGUGCCCGCCGCCGCCGGCACUGGCAGAGGGAGCGGGGUCGGGAUCAUCGCUGGCAGAAGAGGGGGCAAGGAUAUUGGCAGAGGGUGUGGCGGCAUCGCGCGUGGCGACGCACCUAUACAACGCGAUGGUCUCGCCGCUGCGGAACGUCACGCUCGCUGGCGUGGUCUGGUACCAAGGCGAGUCGAAUGGCGGCGCUCCCGUCCCGUACGCCUGCCAGCUGCCCGCGCUGGUCAAGCGGUGGCGGGAGGGCUGGGGAGGCUGGCGGCGACACGACCACGGCUUCGCCUUCGGUGUGGUGCAGCUGGCGGGCGACGUCGACGAGAAGGCGCCGAUCGCGCUGCCGAUCUUCCGCUGGCUGGGCCAGACACAGGGCUUCGGCUCGCUGCCCAACACCAAGAUGCCAAACACCUUCCUGGCGAGCGCGUUCGACCUCGGCGACGCGGCGUCCCCGUUUGGGUCCGUCCAUUCCCGCCACAAGAAGGAGGUUGGCGAACGGCUCGCCCUCGCUGCGAGGCGCUGGGCGUACCGGGAGCCCUCCAUCACAGCGGGGCCCAUCCUGCAGAGCGCGGUCGCCGACGCCGGACGCCGGCGCGUCGUGCUCACCUUUCGGGAGGUUGGCCCAUCCGGCCUCGUGCUCUCACGCAUGAACACAUCGAGGGCGCACAACAUGACCAACUGGGACGGCACCACGCCGUUCGAGGUGUGCGCCGACGGUGCGGGCGCGGCGUGCGGCGCGAUGAGCACGUCGUUCGACGGCGCUUGGUCGCUCGCUCCGAGAACCAGCCUCGGCGCCGACGGCAAGAGCAUCGUCCUGAGCGGCUUUGCGGACGGCGGCAGCGGCCGGGGCCGCGGAGGGCGUGCAGAGUUCCCACCCGCGGCGGUGAGGUUUGCAUGGCGGGCUUACCCGUGCGAGGUGCUCGGAUGCGGCGUGUACACUGUGGUGGGGGGCGUCCCGCUCCCACCGGCGCCCUUUCACAGCGCGGUGGAGGCGCGCAGCUUGAACGGCUUUCCAGCCCACCCCACGUGGUCAACCUCUGCCGCUCGCGUCGCCACCGCCUCGCCCGUCGCCUCCAGCUCGAUCUCAAGCCUGGCGAGCGCCGCCUCUCCCUUCUCCAGCGCAUCUGUCUGCCAGCCGACGCCGGCCGUCGGCGGUGACGAAGCGGCCAGAUGCGAGAGGAGUGAGGCGCCGCUGCUGACCGUGCGGGCCCAGCAGAUCCUCACGGCCGCUCUCAAUCGGCUCGCCCUCAUCAAACCGUGCCUCGAUGCUGAAGCGAAGCCUCGAGUCUUCGACGGUCCAUUCGCCGCGAGGGUAGAGACCAUCCUUGCGCGAGGCGUCGUGACGGCCGAGACUGUCUGCCAGAACAAAGGUACCAUGGCCUUUAUCGUGCCAUGUCGAGCAAGCCUGCUCUAG